CAAGGCCCCGGCCAUCCUGUACACCUACAGCGGGCUGCGCAACAAGAGAGCUGCUGUCUACGUGGGCAGCUUCUCCUGGUGGACAACUGACCAGCAGCUCAUCCAAACCAUCCGCUCAGUCGGUGUCUACGACGUGGUGGAGCUGAAGUUCGCAGAGAACCGAGCCAACGGCCAGUCCAAAGGGUACGCAGAGGUGGUGGUUGCCUCUGAGAACUCAGUGCACAAGCUCCUGGAGCUCCUGCCUGGCAAGAUCCUCAACGGGGACAAGGUGGAGGUGAGGCUGGCCACCCGGCAGAACCUCUCACAGUUCGAGGCCCAGGCUCGCAAAC